AUGGGUUUCCUGAAGCUUCUCUCUACGUCCCUUGCGACUCUCGCAGUCGUCAAUGCCGGUCAGUUGCUUGCCGUCAAUGAUGCCGAUGCGGUCGUCCCAAGCUCCUACAUUGUUGUCAUGAAUGAUGAUGUUAGCACCUCGGACUUCCAAGUCCACCGUAACUGGGCUGCAGCUGUUCAUUCUCGCCUCGCGAGGCGGAAUAGUGGUGUGUCUGGACCGGGGAAGCAUUUUGACAUCAAUGGCAUGAAAGGCUACACCGCUAGCUUCGAUGAUCGUACCGUCAAAAACGUUGCCAGUGACCCGGCGGUCAAAUACGUUGAGCCAGAUAUGAUUGUGAACGCGACCGCGAACGUGGUUCAGGCUAAUGCUCCCUCAUGGGGCCUUGCUCGGAUCUCUAGCAAGAAGCCCGGUGCUACCGACUAUGUGUAUGACUCCACUGCUGGUGAGGGAAUCGUGGUUUAUGGCGUCGACACCGGGAUUGACAUUCGCCAUCCCGACUUUGAGGGCCGCGCUAAGUGGGGCACCAACACUGUCGAUAAUGAUGACACUGACGGCAAUGGCCAUGGCACCCACACUGCAUCUACUGCGGUGGGCGCCAAGUACGGUGUUGCAAAGAAGGCCUCUGUCGUUGCUGUCAAGGUCCUUGGUGCCGAUGGUUCUGGGACUAAUUCGCAGGUCAUCUCUGGAAUGGAGUGGGCUGUUAAAGAUGCAAAGUCCCGCGGCGUCACUGGAAAGUCUGUUAUGAACAUGUCACUGGGUGGCGGCUAUUCUCGGGCUAUGAAUGACGCCGCUGCCAGUGUCGUUAAGUCUGGUGUCUUCCUCGCUGUUGCUGCCGGCAAUGAAGCCCAGGACGCGAAAAACAGCUCCCCUGCCUCUGCUCCGAGUGUAUGCACUGUCGCCGCUUCCACCAGCUCAGACGGCAGUGCUUCCUUCACCAACUUCGGUUCUGGUGGUGAGACCCCCUCCCCUUUCCCCUUUCCCCUUCACCCCUCCCUUAUCGACGUCUAUGCUCCUGGGGAUCGCAUCACGGCCGCCUUCCCUGGUGGUAGCACCAAGACCUUGUCUGGAACCUCUAUGGCUGCUCCACAUGUUGCUGGUGUUGCCGCGUACCUGAUGGCUUUCGAGGGUGUAACCGCUGAUAAAGCUUGCGCCCGUAUUGUCGAGCUUGCUAUCUCGUCUAUCUCCAGGGCUCCGUCCGGCACAACUAGAAAGCUUCUGUUUAACGGAGUCAGCGCCAACUGA